CAGAACUUACAUUUUUUAAUUCGGUGUGGCCUUAAAAAGACGACAAGUGGACAGAAAGUAACUUUCAGGGAGAGAAAAAUGUCAAAUCUUGACCUGGAAAGAAUGGAGUUCUUCAACAGCGUCAUAGCUGGAUGUGUGGGUCCGUUCUGUAACAACUCUCUGCUCAUAUUUCUAAAUAACGGCAGCGGCUUGGAGACUUAUGACGAUGGAUCCCCCUGGCUCAGAAUACUCAUCUCUGUGGUUUACUUUAUUGUAGCCACAGCUGGAGUUCUGGGUAAUUUGUUGGUCAUGUUCCUCCUGUAUUCCACGCACACCAUCACCAUAGGCACCAUCAACUUCUUUGUUUUUAAUUUAGCUGUUGCUCAUUUUUUCUUUUCUUUGGCCUUGCCGUUUUGGGCGGUGGACAUUGCCCUGGACUACAACUGGCCGUUUGGCUUGGUCACCUGUAAGGCUGUUUCUUUGCUCACGGGGCUGAAUGUGUUCGCGAGCUGCUUCUUUCUGACGGCCAUGAGUCUGACCCGGUACUGCUCCGUAGCGACGGCCUUGAAGCCCGGCUCGUCCCUGUGCUCCAGAUCCUGCUCCUUCCCGCUGGCCACCGCCGUCAUCUGGGUGGGAGCGCUUGUCGCUGCCGCACCCCGAGCUGUCUUCGCCGACCUGAAGCACGUGGGCAAAGACACGGCGUGCCUGCUCCGCUUCCCAGACACCACCUGGCUGGGGAUAAACCAACUUCUGAGAGUGGUGCUGGGGUUUCUGCUGCCCUACGCCACCAUCAUCCUGUCUUACCUGCUUCUGCUGCGCUUCCUUUGCAAGCACAAACUCAAAGGCAGCGGCAGCUCCUCUAGAACCGCUGACAUUUCCAAGACUGUGGCAGUGGUGGUGCUUUCAUUCUGUGCAUGCUGGUUCCCGUACAACGUCCUCACACUCUGGAAUGUCCUCAUCCACUUUGACGUCAUUGAUAUCAGCAAGUCUUUCUACACGGCUCAGACGUACUUCUUCCCUCUGGCCAACUGCCUGGCUUUUACCAGUAGCUGCUUCAACCCCGUCAUCUACUGCCUGAUCAGAAAAGAAUACCGUGCGGCUCUUCGCAAUAUGGUUCUCAAGCUUAGUCUGGCAGUUAUGUCCAAGAUGCCUUACAAGAUGCACUCUGAGGAGGCGUCAGGGCAAGUGGGGUAUCCUGCCGUUCCACUCAACAUGUAUAGCCAGACGUCCCAAACAGACACAUGCAGAUACGAGCCCCUGUCCCCACUGCCAGGUUUGGAAACCCCUUUAUAGACCACCAGAACAACACAGCUUUUAUAAAAACAUUAAAGUCAAGGAUACAUUUAGACUCCUAACCUAUAGUGAUAUUCACUGUGUGUUGUACUCCUGUUAUAAGAAUAAACAUCGUAUUUCUGAAGCUACAUACACAUCGGCCAUUUGACAUGAGAAUUCAUAGUGUUCACACUGUAGAAGCAGGGAAGGGCUUCUUCCUCGUCUUUUGCUACUGAUAACUAGCACACUUUUGCCACCAACAGUUAGACGAGACUAGGCACAAAAUGUCAAAGAGGUGCAAACCUCGCGAUUUGGGCACUAAACAGAAAAAGUUUGGUUCAUUCCUAGAGUCCUUGUUCCAU